AUGCUUACUCGUAUUGUUAAAUGUGAUUUACAUGCUGUUCGUGAUAUGCAAUCAUUAAAUGAAACUCAUCAACUUAUACGUAAAUUAACUCGUCCUAUUGGUGAAAUAGCUGCACUCCUACAAGAAAAUAUUCAUUUAGCUGAGCAACAUAAAAACAAAGUAUUAACGAAAGCAAAUGAUAUAACACCUAAUCGGAUACCUCAAAAAGUUGCAGAAGUUGUUUUACUCGAAUAUCCACGUACGAUUUGUACAAGUAAAAAAUUUUCAAAAGUGGUUAAAGUCAAUGAUGAAAUGAAAGUUGAUUAUAUCGUACAAUGUCAUCGACAUUGUUAUUUACAAGGAGUUGAACAAGAAGUCAUUAAUAAUCCAAUAUUGAAACAUUGUCGUGCAAUAGAUAAAAUAACAGCUCAAUUGAAACAAGAACAAGACAUAAUUCGUCAUAUCUGUGCUAAACUUACAUUAUUUCUACGAGCCAAUUCAAUUAAUCCAACAAAUGAAGACAUCAUUGAAUACAUAAAUCAUUUUAUUCGAGAAGAAAAAGAAAAACAAAAUGCAGGAGAUAAUAAUGAACAAAUUAUUAUCGGCCUACAAAAUCUAAUUAAAGAAUAUCAAGAUGAAAUUAAUUUGUUUAAGUCUAAUGUUGAUAACCAAGCAAAUACAUAG